UUUGUCACAGUUGGUCUUUAUGAUACAUCUUUAUCUGCAGACAAACAGCUGAGUCUGCAAAAUAAGUCUUUAUUUUGGGCACAGAACUCACAACAGGUGCCUGCAUCAGUUUGCAAUGUGAAAUGUCCCCCAUGAACUCGCAAGGUUCUCCAGAAAGGAAAACCUGUCUGCUGCUAUGACUGUAUCAGAUGUGCAGAGGGAGAAAUAAGCAACAUGACAGAUUCUAUCACUUGUAAGCGAUGUCACCCUGAGUCCUGGUCAAAUAAGAGAAGAGAUGCCUGUGUAAAGAAGGAGGCAGAGUUUCUAUCAUAUGAAGAAAUUAUGGGAGUACUGCUCACUGCAGCGGCCUUAUUGGGAACAUGCAUGACUGCUGUUGUGGCAGCCAUUUUCUUCAGAUACAGGACAACUCCUAUUGUCAGGGUCAACAACUCUGAGCUGAGCUUCCUGCUGCUCUUCUCCUUGACUCUGUGUUUCCUGUGUUCUCUGACCUUCAUCGGCCGGCCCUCUGAGUGGUCCUGUAUGCUGCGACACACAUCAUUCGGCAUCACCUUUGUCCUCUGUAUCUCUUGUGUUCUGGGGAAAACUAUAGUGGUGUUAAUGGCCUUCAGGGCUACACUUCCAGGCAGUAAUGUGAUGAAAUGGUUUGGGCCCGCACAGCAGAGACUCAGCGUUCUGGCUUUCACUCUCAUACAGGCUGUUAUAUGUAUCCUCUGGUUAACUAUUUCUCCUCCUUUUCCAUUUAAGAAUUUUACCCAGUUCAAGGACAAAAUCAUCUUAGAGUGUGCUCUGGGAUCAGCUGUGGGCUUCUGGGCUGUACUUGGGUAUAUAGGCCUUCUGGCCAUCUUAUGUUUUAUUCUGGCUUUUCUGGCUCGGAAACUGCCUGAUAACUUCAAUGAGGCCAAACUGAUCACCUUCAGCAUGCUGAUAUUCUGUGCAGUCUGGAUGACUUUUAUUCCAGCAUAUGUCAGCUCUCCUGGGAAGUUCAGUGUUGCUGUAGAGAUAUUUGCUAUUCUGGCCUCCAGUUUUGGACUGCUCAUUUGUAUUUUCAUUCCAAAAUGUUAUAUUAUUUUACUGAAGCCAGAGAAGAAUACAAAGAAGAAUAUGAUGGAGAAGGGGGCAUCAAAAUCAUUCUGA